CAUUCAAAGUUCACGGCUGGAGCCAGGAGGGCGCCAUGAGGGCCGUGCUCACCAUGACCGUCACCUUUCUGGCCACGAUGAACUCGCUCUUCCAGAGUAUGACUCAGGCUCAACCCACGGAGAACGCCACCGGAUACGAAUACUACGAUUAUAUAGAGGACGGCGACCCCGUCGUCAUUGCGACCCUAAAUAAGAAAAACUUCCAAUUCGUCCAGCAGCUGAUUGACCAGAAGGACCACAUCAAGGAGACCCGACCGCCCAAUAACGGCCAUGUCGUCAAUGUCAAUAUCAGCAUCUUCAUCAGCAGCAUCGGGCCCAUAGACGAGACCAACAUGGAAUUCCGAGUGGAUCUCAUAUUGUGGCAGCAUUGGAACGACAAUCGACUCGAGUUCAAACCAAAACAAAAUUUCACCACCAUAGACCUGGACAACAGCAUCAGCAAGUUCAUCUGGAUCCCCGACCUCAACUUUGUCAACGAGAAGAAGGCCCUCGUGCACGACACCGUUUCCCCCAACAGCAUGCUGCGCAUUUGGGAGAAUGGAAAUGUACUCUACUCCAUGAGGAUAUCACUGACCCUCAGCUGCCCCAUGAACCUGCACGAUUUCCCGAUGGACACGCAGGUGUGCCCUCUCUACAUCUCCAGCGGUGCAUACACACAGAAGGACCUGGUGUUCAUGUGGGAUGAGGAUAGGCCGAUGGUGCACGAUCCCUCCAUCAGCCUGCCCCAGUACAGCUUCACGAACGUCACCUUGUCGCACUCCGAGCGGCAUCUCCGGACAGGAAACUUCUCAAUGCUGAAGGCGAACUUCACGCUGCGCCGUCUCAUGGGCUUCUACCUCACGCAGACGUACAUCCCCAGUACCCUGCUGGUCCUCCUCUCCUGGAUCUCCUUCUGGAUCAACCCUGACGCGGCGCCGGCCCGUGUCGCCCUGGGCAUCACCACCGUCCUCACCCUCACCACCCAGAGCAGCGGGGCACGGUCCUCGCUGCCCAAGUUGUCGUACGUCAACGCGAUGGACAUCUGGAUGGCUACGUGCCUCAUCUUCGUCUUCUCGUCUUUGCUCGAGUUCGCUGCGGUCAACGUGAUGUCCAGACAAGCCAGGAGCCUCUCGUCCGCCAAUCGGAGCAGUGGCAAGGUUGAGGCAGCGACGGGGAUCCUGUCUGCGAUGCACCCGUGGAGUGCGGAGCGAAUCGACCGCACUGCUCGGGUGCUCUUCCCCACGCUCUUCCUCCUCUUCAACGUCUUCUACUGGCUCACCUUCUGCGUCUUCAAGUGAAGGCCUCGGCUCUAGAGCCACCCUGGAGCACGGCAUCUCUCUUCUUGGCGUCCAUCGCUGCUGGGCCGAUGCAUACCUCAUCCGUGCUCUUCGCCACAACACCCUACUCUCUCAUCUUCGCUCUCUCUCUCUCGUCUCUCACUACUGGGUGCCGCGGUGGCGAGGAGAUGUUCAAUACCUGACCAAAAGGCCAUAGCCAUGGAGUCAACAUUGGGGGGGACCAAAUCUUCCAGGGGGUGUAGGCCCCCCCCAGAAAAAAAUCUCAUUUUGAAAACGAAUUUUUUGCCAUUUCCUGCCUAAAAUAUAAAAAAAUUCACUAACACAUAGGAUGGAUUUUUUUUUUAUAAUGUCUAAUAGUGUAUUGUAUUACAUUGCUCUGUUUUGUUCUUUUUUACCUUUUAUUGUGUCAUUGUAUGUAAUGGCAGAGAUUAGGGAUUAACAAAGCACAACCAUAACCGCAAUCAUAUAAACAGAAAUCUAUUUUAUAGCAAUAUAUUGGGGGGGACAUUUUGAGC